AUGGGGUGUGACAUAGUCAGUACCUCCAAGAAGGAUUGGUCACCUAAGCUCGAUGAAGCAUUAUGGACAUACAAGACUGCCUUCAAAACUCCAAUAGGCAUGUCCCCAUAUGCUCUAGUCUUCAGAAAAGCUUGUCAUCUGCCUCUCGAGUUGGAACACAAGGCAAUAUGGGCAAGCAAAAAGCUGAACGUUGAUCUAUCAAGCGCAGGGGAAGUUCGGAAUUUGCAAUUGAACGAGUUGGUCGAGUGGCGAAUGAAUGCCUACGAAAAUGCCAAGCUUUAUAAAGAACGAACCAAGAAGUGGCAUAACGACCGCAUAAGCAACCGGACAUUCUCUGAGGGUCAACAGGUACUUAUAUUUAAUGCACGUUUGUGA